AUGGCUCCAUCGAAGCUGUGCUUCGUUCUUCUCAGCGCUCCUCUCAUUCUACGCCUUGCGUUCGGCUGCACAAGUAGUGUUUUCGUCGACAGCGCCCACCGCCAGAAACUCCUCUGCGUGGCUUUCAUUGCCGCCGUGGUGUAUUCCAUCGUCGCUGUGUUGCGCCAACUCGCAUGGGAGCUGGGUUUCGUGUUCAUGCGCGUUGUUACCGUGGUUUCCAAGACGUUCAUGCAGUACGUGGCUCGAGGUCGUACCACCAAGUUCCCCAACUGGUCGCUCCGCUUCGAGCUCCUCCACACUGUACUCCGAGUUUGCACCGAGACGUACGGCGAACGCAUAGCCAUCGAGAGCCACGCGCAGUGGGUCCGUGCUCAGAGCGACCUCUUGGGAUCUCUACUGGGCUGCUUCUCCUGCCACCGCUUCAACCGCAGCCUCGAAGCCGUGCACUUCAACGGACUGGAGCACGUCUGGCUGCACAACAAACAGCUUCGGCCGCGCGGCGCCAAGCGGUUGGUAGUGCUGUAUCUGCACGGCGGCGGGUUCGCAGUGCUGAGUCCGAGACUCUACACGUCGCUGGGCGCGGAGCUGGCAGCGACGAUCGAGAGCGAGUUGAAGCUGCGAAGCGGUCGGGACCUGAGCGUCGACGUGCUCCUUGGCAACUACCGCAAGGCGCCCGAGUGCAGCUUCCCGACGCCCCCGCAGGACACCGUGGCGCUGUACCGAGACUACUUGCUGCAGCACGAGAAGCUGCAGCCGUCGCAGAUCAUCCUGGCGGGCGACAGCGCUGGCGGGGGCCUCGUCAUGUCCACAAUGCUGCGCGUGCGCGACUCGAGCCCGGAGCUGCUGCCUUUGGCCGCCAUGCUGCUGGCCCCGGCCGUCGACCUCACGGGCGACGAGCCGGACGCGCCGCACUGCUUCCUGUCUCGACCCAUGUGCAAGGCCUUCACCCUCGCCUACCACCCGACGUACACUGACCCGCGCACGUGGGCGGACGCGUCGUCGGCGCACUGCGAUCUGCGCGGCCUGCCACCUGUGCUGCUGCAGCUCGGCCGACUCGACUACAUCUUCCAGCAUGGCGAUCGUCUAGCAGCCAAGGCCAAGGCGGACGGAGUGACCAACUGGGAGCUGGACGUGCACGACGACAUGCCGCACGUCUUCUCCGUCUUCCCGAGCUUUGUACUACCGUACGCACAGGUCGGCGUCCAGAAGCUGGCGACGUUCGCUGCCAAGAGCUUUGUCAAGAGUGAAGGCUGCGACACCAGAGUCGCAAGAGCCAACUAA